GAAAUCAUCGCUGACAGAGAGAGAGAGAGAGCGCAGAGACGCAGUGUCAUUUACAUCCACCAAAUUCACCUCCCUAUUAAAUACACUUUUACCUUUUUGCCCUUACACCCUCAAAAAAAAAAAGAAAAAAUAUCUUCCUCCGCUUCUCCCAUUACCCUCUCUUCUUCUCAUUUCUUAUCUUCUUCUCCGCCAUAACCUAACCGCCGCUAAUUUUGGCUUCAGUGACUGUUGAACAUGAGUGGAUUGUUGGAACCUAAACAAGUGGUUGCAGCCGUUAAAGGCUUGCAUUGGCGAACCUCUCUUGAGAUUCACAAGCUUCUUAAAGAUAACGAAGACUUCUGUAUCUGUUACAACGAUGGAGAAGAAGGUGCUUCACCAGAAAAGGUAGAUGUGGAGAAACUUGUACGGAUGUUGCCUCUUCACCUCUUAUCAGUGUUUAUAUCUUCUGAUAGAGAUGAGAAGCUUCGGUAUUUGUUGUGUGGGAUCAGACUGUUGAAUACGUUUUGUGAUUUAACAUCUCGUCAUCCUAGACUCGACCAGGUGUUGCUUGAUGAUGUGGUGUUAUCAGCUCAGAUGCUUAAUCUUGUGAUCUUUACCAUGAUAUCUCUCGGCGGUAACAGAAAGGAAAGCUGGAAAUCAGAUUAUGACUCAUUGAUAGAAGCUACAAUGGUGGCUUCUACUCUACACCUGAUGCACGGGUUUAUGUCUCCUAGUUCCCAAGAUCUUGUUCUAAUCUUGCUUGCCCACCCUAAGGUUGAUGUGUUUAUAGACACUGCCUUUGGAGCGGUUCACAAUGUUGUGAGAUCUUUAAGAGCGAAGUUGCUGCAACGGCAAACCGACCAAACGAAGAAGCUAGGUGUGAAUUCUGUAGGGGCCGUUAACGCACACUGCCAACAAGCUGAAGCUGCUUUGCAGUUCCUUCACUCUCUAUGCCAACACAAACUGUUUAGAGACCGUGUCGCUCAAAACCAGGAACUAUGUGGAAAAGGUGGUGUUCUGAUGCUUGCACAGUCCAUACUAUCACUAACUGUUACUACUGAAUUUGUUGGAGCAGCCGUAAUAAUAGCGUCCAUAUCUAGAAUAAAAGCAAAAGUUCUUUCACUUUUGCACCAUUUGUUUGAGGCGGAAAGUGUCUCAUUCCUUGACGAGGUUGAACGUGCAGGAAGCUUGCAUUUAGCUCAGACCGUUGCCUCAGAGGUUCUUGAGUUAAUGAGGCAUGGCCUUUCUAGAGCUUCCAAGGCUAGUGCUCCUCAUGAGUAUCCAAUGGGUUUUGUGCUACUUAAUGCCAUGCGCUUAGCUGACGUGUUCUCGGAUGACUCGCAUUUUCGACGGUUUUUCACCAAACAUUUUACUAUGGUUCUCAGCGCAGUGUUUUGUCUCUCUCAUGGAGAUUUCUUGUCGAUGUUGUGCUCCUCUGAUCUUUCUUCAAGGGAAGAUGAUGCAACACUUGAUUACGAUCUGUUUACCUCAUCUGGAUGGGUUUUAAGUGCAUUCUCAUCUUCUGUUGAAUUGGUCGUUCCUCAAUUCAAGCUGAAUUUUCAAAAUAAUCUCACCAUGUCUUCAUACGCACAUCAAAGAACAUCCUUAAUUGUUAAAAUUAUGGCUAAUCUUCACUGCUUCGUUCCCGAAGUCUGCACAGAAGAUGACAGGAACCGUUUCAUUGAAACUUUUGUGAGUGGAUUGCGAAAGGAUCCUUCAAGCAUAUUGGUUAAUCUAUUACCAAACUCUUCAUAUACUCCGGAGGCUCAGAGAGGCACUAGUGUUUGCAAAAACAUAAGUUCUCUGUUGCAUCAUGCAGAAUUCUUGAUCCCUAAUGCACUCAAUGUCGAGGAUUUAAUGCUUUUGAGGGUGUUUUGUGAACAGUUGCAACCGCUAAUCCGUUCUGAGUUUGAGGAAAGUCAGGCUGACGUGAAGGAUAAUCAAGGUGCGGGAGGGAGUUCAUCUGGUAUGCAGGGGAGAAAAGAGCCUCUGAGUCGUAACAACGAUGAAGCUUCAGAGAAUUCUGAAGGUGCUGGGACAAAGCAAGGCGUGAACGAGGAGAUGGAAAUAGCUGAAAGGUCGAAAGAAAGCGACGCAGAUGGAACCAGUGGUUCAGAAACAAGCUCUAACAGAGGGAAGGGUCUGGGUCUGGUUGAUCAGGUUGAAGAUGGAGAUUUGGCUCGCACUUUUAGUAACCGGGUCAAAGGGAGUGCAUCUGGAGAGGAGGUGAAGGAGGAUGAGAGAGCUGAAGCUUCUCUUCUCUCGGAGAAACAGAGGACGAAAAGGAAGCGUAGUAUUAUGAGUGAUGAUCAAAUAGCGAUGAUGGAGAAGGCGCUUCUUGAUGAAUUUUAUUUGCAGCGAAAUUUAAAUUGGGUACGGUCAAUGGCUGGUACACUGAGUCAAAAUGGUCCUGAGGUUACAUUUGCGCAGCUGAAGAACUGGCUGAAUAACAGAAAAGCAAAACUAGCUCGAGCAAGCAAGCAAGGGCCAACUCGUGAUAACAAUAGCUCAGGGGAUUUACCAGAGAGUCCUGGAGAUGAAAACACUUGGCAGCAGCAGAAACCAACAACACCAUUUACAGAUAAAGCUUCUGCUGCAUCAUCAUCAUCUUCAGAAGGGCUGAAGCGAGGGCAGCAAGUGAUGCUUGUGGACGAGAGAGGAGUCGAGGUCGGUAAAGGGACGGUUUUGAAAACAGACGGUGAGUGGUACGGUUUAAGCCUUGAGGCGAGACAGGUUUGUGUGGUUGAUGUAAUGGAGCUUAGUGGGUUAUAUGAUUAUAGUAAGAUGAGCAUCCCUUAUGGAUCUGAUGAUGUUGGGAGGACUUUUGGAGAAGCGAAUUCGAGGUUUGGAGUUAUGAGAGUGGCUUGGGAUGUGAGCAAGGUUCAGUAACAGACUCAGUUUGCAGUGAGAUUUGACCAGUAGUUUUUUUUUUUAAUGUUCUUACCUGUUGUUUAGACUUUAGAGCUUUUCUUUUGGUCCUAACCCGAAAGAUUCUCUGUUUUUAGGAACUCUGUUUCCCGCUCUCUGGUUAUUUACAGGUAAAGGUUGAGAGCAAAUAACUAAAAAAUAAGUAUAACAGUUGGAAGAGUUGACUCUUUUCUCCUUUAGUUGACUUUAAUGCUAUAUAUAGUACAUUUCUUAAUGUUCUUUGAUGCGAUAAUAAAUCUGAGAAGU